CCGACACUUUGCCUCUUUCUUCUAUUUUUGUAAACCCAUUCGCAUCUGCAGCUACUGAAACAAUCCAGCAUGCCGCUGACGGUAAACGAACCUCAUCACCACCGCAUCAAGCGCCAUUACACAGUCAGAAAGUCUCCAUAUCUUGUCUCGCUCGUGUUGUUACUCGCAGCAACAUCUCUCACUUUGUUGAACAUCUAUGUACCCAGACUCAUCCAUGUCAAGGGGCGAAAUCCAGGACCGACCACAUUCGAAACGAGGUAUGGCCUUUACAAACGCUGCACUCGCUCUCUAGCUGUACCAAACUCGACGCUUGCUUUCCUCGAAUCAGCCCACCCUCUUCCCACUGCGGUUGAUCUGCCGUUGGUGGAUAUUUUUGGUAUCGAGGGACCUACUGGCGACCCUUCGAAAGGCGCUGGGAAUCAGUGGGUCUGUCAGAAUUUCCCUACCAGGUCAGAGUGUCAGCAAUUUGGCGAGAAGUUUUGUGUUCUCUGGUCAACAUCCGGCUACGCAGCUCAGCUUUCUCUUGUGCCAUGCCUUGCCAGCUUGAUCAGCCUACUUUUCAUCUUUUUGCACAGGGGAGAGCGUACGGCCAGAGCUAAAGCUCGUCGCCAGCAAUGGAAGCUCGUCUCGGGCACCAUGCUCAUCCACUGCCUUUUGCAAGUGUUAUCCAUCGCCUUGAUUUUGCACGUUUUCAGGACCGAUGCUAGGUUCGAGAGUAAAGGCAGUCAUUUGGACCAUUCAUUCAAUUUCGGAGUCGCCUCAGCCGUUGUCUCUCUCACACAAGCUCUUCUUUUGACGUUCACGGGUCUUGCAGCUCGCGCGGGCAAACCUUGGGCAGCAGGCCAGUCCGCACUCAAAUCACGUAAUCACCGCCGUACCCGUUCCGGACGAGUUGUCCUUGUCCCCGAGGGUACCCAUGUCCCGCCACACGAGGCUGUUACUGUUGGUGAGGUACGGGCCGUCCAGGAAGUUGGUGAACCGAAUGAAAGCACGGGGUUGCUAGACGGACAUGAAGAGAGUGUGGCGGGUGGUGGGAGCCAAAGAGCGACCGAUACCGUUUGAUGUCAAUGUCAAGGAAAAUGUGGAAUGGGAGGGCCAGAGACCUUGUUUAGAGUCGAAAAUAAUGGUUCGAAAAUGAUUUGUGGACUGUAGCAAAAAAUGUUUCAAAAAAUAGCUCCCUUAAUGUAUCUAGACGUAUUCCUCUUUAUAACUGAUCGUGAUCCGCUUCGAAAUGGCAGUGUUAUCUGUACAAGUCUAGCAGCCCAGCAUGGAAAGUAAUUUUGUACAUAUAGAUGUUUAUGGCCAGCCACACAGAGUAACAUGCACAACGAUA